AUGCGAGCGAGCGGUCCGGGUAUUUUAGGUUUGCACGAAGACGCCCUGUUACAUGUGUUUAGCCACUUGUGCGGGAUCGACAAUCUAAACGCUCAUCCUUGUGCCCCCGUUCUUCGUGGAUCACGUCUAGAACGUGCGCGUGAUGCCUUUGCACUGGCGCAAACUUGUACUCUCCUUCUCAGUCUUUUCAAGAGAAGAUUCCUUGUGCGAAUAGAUUUCUUUCAAAUAAGCCACGCUGAGGACUGCAGAAAUGUCUCCCAUUUCCUGCCAUCGAGAUACCAGGGCACACAACAUAUCAGAGCGAUGGUUCGCAUAGCUGCAGAAUCCCUUCAAGAGCUACGCAUUCCGCCUUGCGAAGGAUGGGAAAAUCACGACUCCAUACUACAGGAAGUUUUACUCCACUGUCCGAAUCUGCACACUCUGGCAUUGCCGGAGUCCAGAGAUCCAUCUGAUACGUUGAUGUACUCUCUCUUUUACUCCGCAGAAUUAAGCCUCCAAGCCCUAACCAUUCAGAGCCCCUCGAUGGGCACUAUUGAGGAUCUAGAAUCGGGCCUUUACUGCAACUUGCGGCAAAUCAAGCUUACCAAUCUUAUAGAGCUCCAUAUAUCUCGUCUCGUUUCGUUCCUCCGUCAUCGGGGGAAGAGCUUGGAUUCCCUGACAUUACACUUCGAAGAUUUGAAUCAGUACAGCUCAGGACAAAACUCCUGGGGUCUUUUCUACGAUGCUGGUUUCCUCGCGCUCUUAGCAACUGAUCUGCUCGAAUGGUGUCCUAUCUUGGAAUCUCUGGAUCUAGGUCUUCCCUUCCUCGACUUUUCAGAUGUAAAAGUCGCAGGGGAUGAUGUCAAUAUCGAUUACUUGAAUGAUAAUGAGGUGAUGACCCUUGCCAAAGCGCAGUUGCAUGGAGGUGUUAAAACCCAUGGAAUCAGGUCACAGCUCAAGCACGUACGAAUAUCUACUUUCCAGUCGCGAGAAGCUGUUCAGAGACUGUUUAGAAGUCUUUCUACGCUCAUAGCGCCAGCUGCAAGGUUGGAGCUGAGGUUUCCGAAUGCCGUCAUUGUCAUACCUACACCAGGCAGUUCAUUUCGUCGACCAUUUUACCGCGCACUAAACAUUACGAGACUGAACGAGACCGCACAAUCCCUCGAACUUGGGAACACUGACUACGGAAAGAUUGAAGAAGUGUGUCUAUCAUUCCAUGAUCGACAAGAAUUAGACAUUUCCUUGGCACGAACCAUACUACGUCGUAUUCAUAGAGAAGCUGGGUCCAAUUUCAAGACUCUUCGAGUGCAAAACUUUGGACGAUCAUAUUCGAAUGACUUUCUCCGUUUGAUUGACCUAUCGGCGGAAGUACCUUCCGCAGUCACACUUCAGAUGCCCCGAGACUUUGUGUGUUUCUGGUCCACAGUUUUCAAACCAUCCAUGCUGGAAAACAUUCCCGUCAACCUGAAGAGGUUAAUAUUCACGAACGGGCACACAUGUACACAUGAAUCCGAAUGCCACAGCAUCGCUACAACCAUACCAAACCUUUUGCAUACUAUUAAGAUGCGUUGUCCCCACAUCGAAGGCGUAUAUUUGCAACGCGCACGUGAAACAGGUGAACCCCAUUCUGACAACUUAAGACAGCUUACUCGAAGUUCUCUAAAUGCUCUUGAGGUUUUUGAAAGCGAGAGGCCGAGUGUGGACGUAUCAACAAUUAAAGCACAACUCCUGCUAUGGGUGGAAGAUUGCUUCUGGUAG